CAAUUUUUAAAUUUUAGUGUAAAGUAAACAAUGGCGCUCAAUACAACAGCCACAGACGGCAAAGACUUCGGAGAAAUAGGAAGGCACGAAAAUCGCGACAUGGUUGUUAUUGAUGGCAGCCUUUUAGAAGGGGGCGGACAAGUGCUUCGCAUUGCUGUUGCGUUGAGUGCAAUCAGGGGCAAAGCAGUCAAAAUUACUAACAUUAGAGCUGGACGGAAAAAGCCGGGUCUUGCAGAGCAGCACUUGAAAGGGUUGUUACUUGUGCGUGACAUGUGCAAUGGGGAGCUAGAAAACGCACAUCUCGGAUCAACUGAGAUAAUUUUCCGUCCAGGAAAAAUUACGAGCGGUACAUUCUCAUCAAAAAUCAGCACGGCAGGGAGUGUUUCCCUUCUUAUGCAAAUUGCUGUUCCAUGUGCUUUAUUUGCUCCUGGACCUUGCAACUUUAAUUUGCGUGGUGGGACAGAUGCAGAUAUGGCUCCACCAAUUGAUUAUUUAAAAAUUGUUACUUCCGAAGUUUUCGCUCAUUUUGGAGCCAAAUUUGAAACCCAAGUGAUACAGAGGGGCUUUUUUCCCAAGGGUGGAGGAGAGGUCAAUGUUAAAGUUGAAAACAUACAAACCUGUUUAAAACCUAUUACCUUAACUCAACCUGGAAAAAUUAUUUCAAUUGAAGGCUCGGUGAAUGUUGGUGGAUCGUGUCCUAUAAGGGUUGGACAUGAGUUUAAACAAGGAGCUGAGAGCUUAUUAUUGGAGGAAUUUGGAUGCAAGCCCAACAUCUCUGUUGAGCGUUUCAACGCAUACUGUCCUGGAUCAAGCUUCCUAAUUGUGGGUAAAACUUCCACUGGCUGCAUAUUUGGCUCAAGUGUCAUUAGCCAUAGAUCAAAGUCACCUGCUCAGCAGGGAGAGGAAGCCGUGGCUGAGCUUAUUAAGUUCCUACCUGGGCAAUCUUGCCUUGACAGCUAUGCGCAGGAUCAGAUUAUACUGCCUAUGUCCCUCGCUGCUGGAACAUCAACUGUGGUUUGUGGUCCUCUUACCUUGCACACACAAACUGCAAUUGAGAUAGUCAAACAGCUCUCAUCUGCGAAAUUUGAAGUUGAAAAAACAUCUGAGACGCUUUUCAGGAUUACCUGCACUGGAGAUCCACCUGUAUUGGCUACGGACACCCAAUGAAAAUAAAAUUCAACCAUCAUUAUCCAA